AUGUCUCUUUAUAAAAAUUUAAAAGCUAUUACUACCGCUUUACCUAAACCUGUUAUCACAUGGGAUAAAGCUGAAAGAAUUAGAAGAAAUAAAGAGAUCUGGGAUGAUCCAAAAAGUGUUGUCCAUAGAUUACCUGAAUUUUAUAAAAAACGAUAUUGGGAAGAAUUACUUAAAGAUAAAAAACCUAUACAUUAUGUGCCACCAAAAGAAAGAUAUUGUUGGGACGAUCAUCGUAAGGUAAUUGUUGAAAUGGAGAAUGUACCAAUUGAACCAUUAUAUCCACCAGAAGCUGAUCUUGGUAUUUGGGGUGGUGAAGGUAUUUUAAAAGGAUAUAGGAUGUCAAGGCCUUAUACUAAAAAGAAAAUACUUCCUCGAUAUUGGGUACCUCAUCUUUGGUUUCCAACUCUUAAAGCUGUUGUUUUGUACUCUGAAAUUUUAAAUAAACAUAUGAAAAUAACUGUAACAGAAGGAGCUUUAAGACAGAUAGACAAUUCUUUUGGACUUGAUUACUAUUUACUUAAAAGUAAUGAUAUAGACCUUUGUAGCAAAUUAGCUUUGAAACUUAAAAGAGAAAUUUUAAUCACUUUAGCCAGAGAAGAAUACUAUGAUAAUGAUAAUGAGAAAAAAGAAUAUAUAAAGGAAAAGUAUAAAGAAUUUAAAAUGCCUUUAGAAGAAGCUGAAUGGGUAGGAUUAGAUCUUAAUGAGGCAUGUAUAAAGUUACAAGAUUUGGAAGAUUCAACUUGUCCAAUGCCAUUGAAAUAUGUUUUUGAAUCACAAUUAGUUAAAGCUCUUGAGAAUAACGAAAUUUCUGCAGACAUCGAAUAUGAAAAAAAGCCAAGUAAAAGUUUGUUUGGAGAAAAAAUACUUGGUAAAUUUAUGAAAUCAUAA